CAUUUGAUUUCAAUUCGGCCGCUCGCUACUCGCUGUCGCUGUCAAAAGUUUAUUUCCCCGCGUUCGGAACGGUUGAGUUUUUCUUCUUUUCUUCGUGCGCUGCAUUUUGAACGUACACACGGGGUGGUGUUUGGUCGUCGGCAAUCGGCAUUCUUCUUGUGUUCGAAUUUUUACAUAAAACAAAAAGAAACUUACUCAAUUUCUUUUCUUUCUAUUAAUUUAAAAAAUCCAAAUUUUAUUUCUAUUUCGGUGAAACUCCUGGAUUUUGGCUUUUUUCCCGAACUUAUUACGCGAAAUUUCUCUCUUGUCGCUUGUCGCCCCACAGCAGUUCGUUUUUUUUUACUUCUUGUAAAGAGUGAAACUCGAUUAUCUUCUUAUUUCGCCCCGUUCUUGAGUUUUAUAUUUAUUACUGCUCUCCUUAUUGAUAAAAAGAAAAUUUUUUAACAAUAAAAAAAAGGAAAACAAGAAGAACAGAACACAAGACAAAAAAAACGGAACCUAAUCGAAAAUGUCAUUUCGUGUUGUACGAAGUUCGAAAUUUCGUCACGUCUAUGGCCAGGCACUGAAACGUGAGCAAUGCUAUGAUAACAUUCGGGUAUCGAAAAGCAGUUGGGAUUCAACAUUCUGUGCUGUAAAUCCCAAAUUUUUGGCAAUCAUUGUCGAGUCAGCUGGUGGUGGAGCUUUUAUUGUCUUGCCACACAAUAAGGUUGGUAGAAUUGCAGCAGAUCAUCCAUUAGUAGGCGGUCACAAAGGUCCUGUUCUAGAUAUUGCAUGGUGCCCACACAAUGACAAUGUCAUUGCUUCUGGUUCAGAAGAUUGUGUUGUUAAAGUUUGGCAAAUACCUGAUGGUGGUCUAUCAAGAACUCUUACCGAUCCAGUCGUAGAUCUUGUAUUUCAUCAAAGAAGAGUUGGUCUAGUGUUAUGGCAUCCAUCAGCGUUAAAUAUCCUCCUUACAGCUGGUUCAGAUAAUCAAGUUGUCAUCUGGAAUGUGGGUACUGGUGAUAUACUCGUGCACAUUGAUAGUCAUCCGGAUAUUGUUUAUAGUGCCUGCUUUAACUGGGACGGUUCGAAGUUAGUAACAACAUGUAAGGAUAAGAAAAUCCGUAUCAUAGAUCCGCGCACAGGUGAAGUGGAAAGUGAAGCUCUUUGCCAUGAAGGAUCGAAAGCAACACGUGCCCUCUUCCUGCGACAUGGUCUAAUUUUCACAACCGGUUUCAAUCGAUCAUCGGAACGUCAGUACUCACUACGAGCACCCGAUGCUCUUAGUGAACCAAUUGUGAUGGUUGAGCUGGAUACGUCUAACGGUGUUAUGUUCCCUCUGUAUGAUCCUGAUACGAAUUUGAUUUACCUUUGUGGUAAAGGUGAUUCGGUCAUACGUUAUUUUGAAAUUACACCAGAACCACCAUUUGUACAUUAUAUUAAUACGUUUCAAACGCCGGAUCCUCAACGUGGUAUUGGUAUGAUGCCGAAACGUGGAUGUGAUGUUACAACCUGCGAAAUAUCUAAAUUCUAUCGUCUCAAUAAUAAUGGACUGUGCCAAGUUAUAUCAAUGACAGUACCAAGGAAAUCGGAUCUGUUCCAAGAGGAUUUAUAUCCGGAUACUUUGUCAGAUGAUGCUGCAUUAACGGCUGAAGAAUGGGUUGCCGGACAAGAUGCUGAUCCAGUUGUAAUAUCGCUUAAAGAUCGUGUAUCUAUUGUACAGGGAGGCUAUAAGUCAGGCACCAAAUCACUAUCGGUGACGAAAAAAGCCAAUAUCCUAAAUAAAAGUUCGAAGACUGGCGGUUCUGGUGGUGGAAGCAGUGGUGGAGGCGGUGGAAGUGCAUCAAAGGGAGUCGAUCUUUCAAUAGGCAACUCGAAUGCAUCAAAUAACAAUGAUAGUGGUUCUGUUAGUGGCAUUAGUGAAAAGGACCUCCGUGACAUAACUGAUGAAAUUCGAAAACUCAAAGCAAUUAUUGUCAAGCACGAGAAUCGAAUUCGAGCUCUAGAAGCUGCAUUCAAGGCGCAAGAAGAAGACGUAGCGGAUGCGGCUCCAGCCAAUAAGUCAGGUGCUUCGUCUGCCAAUAAUAGUGAAACAAAAACGACGGCGAACGAUAACUCCACAUCGAGCAAGGAUAAUGAUAAAAGUGCCAACAAUGAUAGUCACACAAAACUAGCACCUGACGAUGUGUAAAUUGUCGAAAAUCCCCCUUUACCCCUUACCACCUACAUCUAUAUUAUUAUUAUUAUUUUCAUAACAAAAAAUAAUUGUUUUAUAUAUAUUUAAAAACAAAAUGAGAAACAAAAAAAAAAACAGAUUUUAUGUUUUUUUUUUAUACAAAAUAUUUUAUUUUUUACAAUAUUUUAUUUCUUUUGAGAAACAAAAAUGUUUUACUAAUUAAAAAUAAUAAACAAAAAGUAAAUGAUUUUAAAGUAAACAAAAAUACUGUUGAUGUGUAAGUAAGAGAAAAGAAAAACAAUCAACAAUAAUUAUUAUUUUAACAUUUGUUUUUGUAAUAAAAAUUUAAAAAAAUAAAAACAAACUCAAUCAUUUAUUAUAUACCUAGAAUGAAAGCUGAAACAAUUAUUAACCUAUAUACUACGCCAAAUUAACAUGCAUUAAGUACCAAACUGUUGAUUUUUAUUUUUUUUUUAUUAAUUAUAGUAUUUUUUAAUUGAUAACACAAUAAAAUAAA